GGGGUAGCCUCUGUGUACUAAGAUGACGCAGAGUCAUUGGGAUGGUGUCCCAUUGUAGUAGUGACGGUGUUUGCCCACUAGGACUUUUGACCCUCCAGGGAGCCAGGUUUCCUCUGUAUGACGGAGAGAGAGAAGAUGGGGUGGUGGUAGUAACUGGUUGGGGACUGGUAGUUGAAGGUCCAGGGGUUUGGUCCAUAUUGACCUGGAGGAUGGGGUGGGUGGUAGGUACCUGACGGGUAGAGGUAACUGGAGAGGAAGUGACACUUGGUAGAGGCUGCCGUGCUAUGAAGAGAUGGUGGCAAUGGGGUGGUGACAGUCAGAUGGUUGAUGGCUGUGGCAGAGUGAUGGCUAUGCUAAUGGGGAAGAGAGUGUGAGGCGGUGCUGUGGUCACGGGUGGAAGGCUGUGGUGAUGUUGAGACAAGGUGCUGAGACGACAGAAGUGCCUCAGUCACCAUGUGAAGGUUUGUGGGUCUCGUUCACGGCGCUGGCGGAUGGCUCUGCCUUAGGAUCGGGAUGACCCCUUCAUGAAGGGGGGAUGCAGUUGCCAGUCUUCCUGCCCACACUCACAGAGGCCCCACGCUCUCGUAGCCCUAAACUUUUUGGCCAGGCUCCUGCUCAGCUUUUCUUCCUUUUCUCCCUCCCUCCCUUCCUUCCUGAGACAAAGUCUUUUGUGGCCCAGGCCAGCCUUGAGCUAGAUAUGUUGCAGAGGAAGACCACAAGACUCUCACCCUAUAAUAAUAAAUUCAAGGGACUAGAGAAAGUUAACCAGCUUUAAAUAUGUGGUUCUGCCGGGCAGGGCCCCGGCAUAGAGAAAAGACCAAGACUCAUAUGGCUGCCAGCUGGGGAGAGGGGCCUAGUGCCACAGGUGUUCUAUGACUGUUUUCACCCCGAGGACUUAGCACGUGGGCUGGAGAGCUGGCUCGGCCCCGACUACUCUUCCAGAGGUCCUAAGUUCAAAUCCAAGCAACCACAUGGUUGUUUCGAAACAGGCUCUUGCUCUGUAGCCCAGACUAGCUGGGAUGUUCUUUGGGCUGGCUCAGAAUUUGUUGUCCUCUUGCCUCUGCUUCCUGAUUGCUGGAAUUACAGACGUGAGCCCCCAUGUUACCUUCCUACACUGGCGUCUUGUUUCCAUCCACGGCCACAGAGCAAGCUGCAGAGGAAAGGAACACAUGCAGGCAGUCAUUGGGCAUGACCGUGACUUCCUGACCAGAGAUGUUGGGAGGGUAGAGUGGAGGUGGGUUGAUGAUGUUCAGACUGUGACUUCCUGACCAGAGGUAUUGGGAGGGUAGAGUGGAGGCAUUGGUGGUGUUCAGCAGCUGCCUGCCAGUAAGGAACAAAGGAGAGAAUGGACGGACAAACAGAUCCGGCCCUGCACGGAGAUGCCAGGUUCGGAGCGACCGUGGCCAUCGGCCUGACCGUCUUCGUGGUGUUUAUCGCUACCAUCAUUGUGUGCUUUACCUGCUCCUGCUGCUGUCUAUAUAAGAUGUGCUGCCGCCCACGACCUGUCGUGUCCAACACCACAACUACUACCGUGGUUCACACCGCUUACCCUCAGCCUCAACCUGUGGCCCCCAGCUAUCCUGGACCAACAUACCAGGGCUACCAUCCCAUGCCCCCCCAGCCAGGAAUGCCAGCAGCACCCUACCCAACGCAGUACCCUCCACCCUACCUGGCCCAGUCCACAGGGCCACCAGCCUAUCAUGAGACGUUGGCUGGAGCCAGCCAGCCUCCAUACAACCCGGCCUACAUGGAUCCCCCAAAGGCAGUUCCCUGAGCCUGCCCCCAGCCUCUUUGGCUAACAUUUGAUUAUGUCAUGUGUGUGUGAGUGCUAUGCAGAGUUCUUUACUGCUGUCUGUGGUGCGUGUGCCUUGUCUAGACAUGUGGCUUCCUCUGCUGAUGACCAGGUAGGCACAAAUCUUACCAGUGCUGGUUGGGACCAAUCUGUUUUCUUCCUCACUUGAAAUUGUAAUUUCUGAAAUUUCAAGUAAAUUAAAAACAAUAGGGUAGGAGGUAUUUCCCGCUUCACCCCAAGGUGACCAGCCAUAGCCUGCCACACAUAGGAGAGCAAGCUUUUUGUGGGUCCAUGUCCUGCUUUGGGGAGUAGCCAGCUAGCUGCUGCUAUGGGUUUAUUCCCAGGGCUUGGCUGCAUUUAGCUGGACAGAGAACAAGGGGCCUCAGUGGCAGUGGGUCAGUGACUGAUGUCAGAGCACACUAGGCAGAGAGCCCCGUCCGUCUCCAUCAGCUGUCUGUCUGGACGGUCCCACUGUCUUUCCUGGGACUAUGUAGAGGGCCACAUGUAUUCACUAUUCAGGCUCCAGUGGCUUCCAGGCCAGGGGCCUCUGUCUACUACACACUCUGGUUUCUCCCUACAGUGUCUUUUUACGAUUAGCCAAACAUAUUGCCUGUUUUUUGUAUCCAGAUGUGUGAUAAUUGGUGAGGUUGAAAUCCUUGGUUCCUGGAGAACAGGAAACCUGACCUCUGACAGUCCAUUUCCCUUGACACCAGCUUCAUAGAAUACCUGACUCCUGUACUACAGUCCAGUUUGUUCCAGUAGCAGGGACACCAGGGCCAGGGGUUAUCUGGACCAAGGGUGGGGGUGGAGAGCCUGGAUGGUAGCUCUGGACCAGAUGUGAAUGCCUCCAUAUUCCCUGUUGGUUCCUGUUUCACUGGCUGUUUUAGUUUUGUGUUAAUUGGUGUUUCUGAGCAUUCAAACUCCGCACCCUCGUUUAUAAUAAAUGAAUAUUUGGACCA